AUGAGUGCUCAGAGCACUGAUGAGGCCAUCAGCCUCGCCUCCAUCAGCAGCUACCCAGGGCGGCAGCGCAGCACCUCCACCGCGUACGCAGAGGACCGGGCGGUCAACAAGAACGGCGGCAACGGUGACCCCGCUGCCGCCUUCCAUGGCACUAGUCGCGUGCCCUCCGCCCCUGGCGGGACGGGCGCCACAGCAGCCAACGGGCCUUCCAUGUCGUGUCGCGGACGCUUCUCCUCCUCCCUCUUCAACAGCACGAGCGGUGGCAGUGUGCCCAUCGCCGCUGUCUCGAGUAGCACUGGCGUCGGAAGUGGCGUGUCAACGCAGUCGCGUGUACGGCCGACCAGCCUGCAGUACCGUCAACCGUCUAGUGUAAUGUGGGGCGAACUCGCGGCAGCGCGCGGUCGUACGUCGGCAGUCGGCAGCGCUGGCAACAACAACAACAACAACACGUCCGCUGUCACCAAUGUAUAUACUCUGCAGCUACCAGGCGACGACGGUGGCGUUGAGAUGGCCGCUGCACAACCGCGGCUGCUGGGCGCACUGCGCAUGCGCGAAACGUACAAGGACGUUGACAAGGGUCACUGCGAAGUGAACGGUGGCGGCAGCAGCAGCAGCAACAGCAACGGCGGAGUCAACCGCCUCGCUAGCGUCUCUGUUUUCGCUGCCGAGGCGAGCCGCCCUACACAGCCAGUCCAAGGCGCCCCGCACCCAGCCCAACCGACGCCCCCGCAGCAGCAGCAGCAAGUCCUCCCGCAACCACCCAUGACGGGACCCACCACUCUGCAGCAGGUGGACGGCGUCUUCUUCUGGUCGGAUGAAAAGACGCCAAUCGCCUCACUGGCACAGUUUCGCGCCGACGUGCUCACGCUGGCGGCGUGCGUGCAGCACCCCUCCUGCGUUGCGGCGAGCAAGUACCGCCUGGAGGUGUUGGAGGAGAAGUACCAUCUCCACCGACUCUACAACACUGACGUCGAAGAAAACACCGACCGCUACCGCCGCGGCGGCGGCCUCUUCGCGAACGCCUGCCGCGUCGAUACCUGCGUCGGUGCCUCGACAGCUAUGAACGCUCAGUCGCUGGUGGAGUACAUCCAGCGCACCAUCGACGAGCAUGGCAAUGACGUCGUUGGCGUGUCUGACGACACACCAUGGGGAAUUGGAUUGGUCACGACAGGUACCGGCAGCGGUGUGGGGGCGCCGAAUGGGGAGCAGCUAACGCUGGCUCGCGUCUGCGAGCUGCUCGGCCUCCCCGACCCCUACCUGCUGACGGUGGAAGGGCUCGGCCUGCAGCCCUCGGUGAACCGUGCCUUGCCCUACUACAACGCUCUAGACCCGUCGAUGAACGGCAGUGGUCGCAACAGUGCCGCACUGCUUCGCCUUUUUCUCUCCAUCGGUGAGCAUUCACAACGGGGGACGUACCUGGCGGGUGCGAUCCAGCCAUACCUGACGCGCAACGAGCUGCGCACAGGCGGUGUCCAAGCGACCGAAAUGACGCUCGAGAUUACCGGUGCGCUCGCCCAGGAAUGGGAGAACACGGCCACGUGGGUACGGACGCACGAGCUCGACAGUUUCUGCACUAAUCAGUUUCAACUUGCCUUCCCAGUCACUAAGUGGUGCAGUCGCGGCGGCGCCGCCGCGAAUAGGGCUCCCUCCCUCUCCUUUGGCAUGCACACCGGCCGCGCAGACGGCGAUGAGCCGCGCGAUGACCGCUCGAUCACCGGCAAUGACAUGCACGGCGUCGGUCACUGCCUCUCUGGCUCGGGGGCUGGCGGGAACGCCGUCUCUGCCGCGGCCCUCCCAUCCGGCGCGAGUCCUGACGAGGUGCUGAACUACGACAACUACCAGCAGUUGCUCGACCACAUAUUUCUCCCUCUCUUCAUGGCCACGCUGGCACCUGAGGACCCAAAGUACGUUGACCUCGCAGCACUUCUGCAGCGCACCGGUGCGAUCCUACUUACUGGCAACGAGAACGCGGACGUCAUGGGCAGCACCGCAGCAGGCGAUGGUGGACGCAAGCGUGCGAGCGGUGGUGGCGCGGAUGGUGGCGUCGCAGCCGUCGACGCCACGGCGCUUCAUGGGGACGCGAUGAGCACUGGCUGGCGACGUCGUCCGGCUGACACGCCCUACACAGAGCCCGUCUCCCUCACGUACCUCUGCUACUACAUCUGGGCGAACCUGUGCUCUCUCAACGCGCUGCGCCGCCGUCGUGGGCAGAACGUGCUGCAGCUGCGUGUUGUGGCAUCAAGCGCCACGAUGCCAAACACGUCCUCGGCGCACGAUGCGAGUCUCCUGCUGCUGUCCUAUCUCAUCGCUGACGUCGUCGUCGACGCCGUCGCGCUGGACCGGCAGCCGGUACUGCAGUACCUGUACGGUCUGCACCAGAUUGGCGUAGCCAUGUGCCCCAUCGCCCGCAGCAGUCUCGGCACCACGAGCCUGGAUGAACACCCUGUGGCACGCCUGCUGUGGCGUGGUCUCUGCGUCUCCCUCUGCACUCUCAACCCGCUCUACUACCACUCCUCACAGGACCCGCUGCUGGAGGAGUACACGACGGCGGCGAAGGUCCACCGCCUCUCACCGACCGACAUCAGUGAGAUGACGCUGCACUCUGUGUGCAUGUCGUCGUUCGAAGAGGAAGUGAAGGCGGUGUGGUUAGGCACGGGGUUCCUGCGCGACGGCUGGCGGGCGAACGCGGUCGAGCUGACCAGCGUACCAACGGCGCGGCUGCAGCUGCGCCACGAAUCAUGGACAGCAGAGCGUAAACUAUUACUUCUGUCGCCUGGCUCCCCAACGGGCCUCAUGAUAGGGGCCGCAGUGCCCGUCGCCGAGGCCGGGCCGCGGUUGGAAGACGCGCAGAGCGGGGCCCGCCGCGACGUGCGCACAGCACCGAAUCGCUUCACUGCUGUACUGUCACCGGGUCGCAGCGCAGUCAGCACCCCAGCCCCGAGCACCCAACCAGGCAUAGUGUCGGCGGGCGGGGCAGCUGGUGCGCUUCAGUCGCAGGCACCGUACGCUGUGCUGGACCCCGCUGUCGACUUCCCGCGCGCCGCUCUCAUUGGGCCAUUCGACCGCGACAUCCAAAACGCCCACCUCGUGCAGGCGCUGCACCGUGCCCUGGACCUGCGCCACCAGUACAGCUCACUGCCGCUACCACCCCAGCCUUCCCGCAGUACGGUCGUCGCCGCUGGCGACGGUGUGGUCAGUACUGACGUCAAGGCCGGCUGGCUGGCGGCGCUGACCCACGACCCGCAGACGGUGCUGCCGCAUCCAACGCAGUCGAUGAGUUGGGCCUUCAAAAAGAGUGCGUCGUCGCCGCACGAUAAGGGGGUGGGCGGCGGGCACGCGCCUAACGCCACCGGCGCCAGCUCGUAUCUGCAGUUUGACGAGGACGAGUGGAAGUACAAGACGGUGGAAGGCAUCAUUGUGCCACAUGAGGUGCACCAGAUUCCGCGCCUGCCGCAGGACAUGUACCACUACACGGAGUUCUGCAACCACGUUGAGGAAAUACGUCGCCUCAUCGACCACAUCCACGUCCGCGACUUUGCACUGCGGCGGCUGCAGCUGCUGGAGCACCGCUUUAAACUGCAUGCGGCAGUGAAUCACAGCCGCGAGCUCGGCAGCACAGCAGCGCGUGCGUCUCACAACCGCGACUUUUAUCAGUCGACCAAAGUGGACAACAACAUCCGUAUGGAGACAGGCAUGACGGCGCGCCAGCUGCUCGCCUUUAUCGUGGACAAGGCAACGCACAACGGCGACGAUAUUGUGUCGCACCCUAAAGGCAAAGAACCCCAGACACUGCGCCAGUUGCUUUCGGAGCUGCACAUCACGGCAGACUCGCUGACAGUGGACGACUUGAACGUGCAGGCCGGUGCAACAUCGAGUGACGGCGGCGCGCCGCAGAACCCGUUUGCCCCUGAGGGGCAACGGCAGGACGAGCUGCUGACGCUGCUGCUGAAGACGGACAACCAGAUGAAUGGCCGCUACUUCGCGGAGCUGACGAAGCGCACCUUUGAGGAGCUGUCGCGCGAUCGGCACACCUUCACGGAGAGCCGCCUACCCGUCUACGGCGCCAGUGCCGAGGAGUGGGCUCUCCUGUCGCACUGGUUUGAUACCCACGGCAUGUCCUCCUCGCACAACCAGUGGGUGGUACAGGUUCCGCGCAUCUACAGCUCUCUCAGAACGGCAGGCCGAGUCGCCAGCUUCGCCGAGUACCUCGAGCACAUCUUCGAGCCCCUGUGGCGCAUCUCCCUCCACCCCCACAGCGACCCUCGCCUUUUUCACUUUGUCAACCACAUUGCCGCCUUCGACUGCGUCGAGGAUGAGCGGCGGCCGGAGGUGCCGCUGCACCUCGCCAUGCGCGCCCCGCACGCGUGGACAAGUGAAGAGGAGCCGCCGUACAACUACUAUCUCUACCACCUGUACGCCAAUCUGCGUUCGCUGAACCACUUCCGCCAGCGGCGCCGCUUCUCUAUCUUCUCCUUUCGCCCCAGCUGCGGGGAGGCCGGCAGCGUCGAUCACCUCAUCGGCGGUUUUCUGUUGGCGCAGGGCAUCAACUAUGGCGUGCGCCUCGCCGACAGUGCGCCACUGCAGUACCUGUUUUAUCUGGCCCAAGUUGGUGUGACGCUGAGCCCGCUCAGCAACAACACAAAGCUGGACUUGAAUUACCUGCACAACCCCUUCCCUGAGUUCUUCAGGCGUGGGCUGCGCGUCUCGCUUGGCACGGACAGCCCGCUGCUCUAUCACCACACGCAGGAGCCGCUGCUGGAGGAGUACUCCAUCGCCUCGAAGGUAUGGAAGCUGAGCCCGAGCGACCUCUCCGAGGUGGCGCGCAACAGCGUGUUGCUGUCCAACUUCAGUGUGAAGUUCAAGGAGGAGAAGCUAGGGCCCCUGCACUUCCUUUCCAGUAGCGCCGGCAACGACACUGCGAAGACGCACCUGCCCGACGUACGCGUCGCGUACCGCUUCGAAGCAUAUCACACAGAGGUGGGCUUUCUCGAGUAUAUCUCCGGUCAGCACUUUCACCGCGCGAUGCUGACGCUCGAGAUGGAGGCGCAGUGUAAGCAACUUUGCGGCGUCGGCACAGGUAACGGCAGUGGUACGUCUGCGGGAGAGCACGACCGUGGCGCGAGGGCCACGCCGGCGACCGGCAGCAGCGGCAGCAGCGAUGCUGCCGGCCUCAUCGACACAACUCCAAAGGAGGAAGACCUUCUGCAGUUGGAGGCACAGCGCACGCGCAUGCAGCGGCAGCUGCAGGAGCUGACCGGCGCCGUCAACGACCUCCACCGGCAGAACCGCCUCCUCACGACGAAGCUCGCAGAGGAGAAGGAGCGUGAUCAGAUGGCGGCUCAGCUACGCCGCCAGCGGGUCAGUGACACGCUGCGUGAGCGGCAGGGGCUUGCGACGCAGCAGAAGGUGCACGCCACCCGGAAUGGCAGUCCAUCCGUCCCCCAUCAAUUGACGCCGUCUGCGGCCUCGUCGUCGCAGUCACAGUCGCCGCUCUCCUCCGAGUUGCUGCGGGUAGAUGCGGAGGCUGCGAGCGUAUCACCAGCGGCAGUGGCAACGCCAAGUGCGCUGCCACUGCCGCCGUCAACUCUUCACGCAUCGGGCGACAGCGCCUUCAGUGCAGUGCGCAAUCGCAAGCAGCAGCAAGGCGGCGCGGUGGCGCAGACACGUCGACUGCUUGCGCGCACGGAGUCUCUGUGGCGCACCACCUCCGUGCAGGAGGAGGGCGGCGGCAAGGACAUGCAACCGCCCCCGCAGCUCCCCCCGCUGGAAGUCCCCACCUCUUCCACCUCGCAGCCAUCGGUGUCACCCGUGCCACUGUGCAAGAGGUAG